CGAGCGGCUUCCGAUCGAUUGUUCGCUCGGUCGUCUCUAGAAAAUUAUUUUUUAACAGAAUUUUUUAAUCAUGAUUGUUUAGUUUCCAUGUUCGCAAGCUGUUACUAUGGGCCAAUGCUUUGGCACUGACUGUGCAGGUCUGUGUCCUAGAUGGUCAUACAGACAAGAGAAAGGCUUCGACCGAUACACCAAGUUUGCACCAAAGAAUCGCAGCUCAAAAUAUGGCGAUGAGCACCUUUUAAAUGAAAUACAAGACCCUCGCUCRGAUGAUGAUCUUGAUUUCUCAGACAUCAGUAGUGAACUAACUUCCCGACAAAAUCAUAAAUUCAAGGAUAGUCCAGUCACAUCAGAAAGGAAAAAUCCUGAGAARCAACAAGUCCAACCAAACCAACCAGAAUACACAACAAUCACCAUUGAAGCUUGAUAAAAUUAUAUAGCUGUAAAUUCAAUUCAAUACUAAUUUAUAAUAUAACAAUGACAAUUUUCCACAUGCAUUA